ACAGUAUUCUCAGGACAUAUUCUAGGUAUUCUAAAAGAAGUUCUCUACAAAUUACUCGCUGAUUCUAUGAGAGUUUCAUGACAUGAUCAUCAAAAGAAAUAAACAGCCAGCCCGCCCAAUGUGUCAAGCCCACAGUCUACCCCCAGAGAAAAUUAAACCUAGCCCAUUUACUGCGCGGUCCUUCCUCUUGUAUAUCCUUGUGUGCUUCAUCCAGCGCUUGGCGGAGUGGAAUAUCCUCCAGCUUGAUGAGGUCGGUCCCUCGGAUAAAUUUAUAGCCUAGGUAUACAGACAGGACGAGGGGGAUGUCACUGGAA